UUUGUGAAGGUAGUUAAACUCUGUACAGUCGACAAUCGUUAAACGACCAAUUUAGGGGAAGAACCACAAUUAUGAAAUUUUUGCUUUUUGCCUGGUCGCUUUUUAUGCUUCUCGCGUUAGAGCAGGUGUAUGCCAGUGAGAGUGAGGAGACGCCACCCGGACUGAGGUUAAAGAAGGAAAAAAUUCCCCAGAACGGAAGACUAAAGAACAUGAAAAGGGAAAACCCCGCAGAAAUGAAAAAGAUGAUGAAGGCAAAAGGCCUGAUAGACAUCUCUGAGGAGGAAGGUUUAGUGCCUCUGAUCACCCCCACGGAUGGUACGGCUGUUCCCAAUGAAUACAUUGCCCGCCUUCUGCCUGGUGGCAAGUACGGAAGAAUUCGUCGCAUCCUGAAAGGAAAAGGUUCCAAAGAAAGAGUGAAGUUCAACAGAAAAAGCAGCUACGUCAUUCUUAGGGAUAUAAAUGCUAGUGACCUUCAACUGCUUCGCCAACUUACUGGCGAUAUUGAAGAAAUCGAACAAGCUAAGGAAAUGUCGGUAGAUCUAAGUCAUUGUGAAGGGUAUUUCCCGGCUGAUGAAACAUGGAAUUUAGACAGAAUUGACCACUAUGAGGAUGAUGACCGUUUUGCCACCUGGGCUCUCAGCUCUGAUAUAGACGCCUACGUCGUUGACACGGGAAUUAACCCUGGUCACAGUGACUUCGGAGGAAGAGUUCUGCCAGGUUGGCACGCGAGUCGUUUUUCUAACAGCAGAGACUCCCAAGGUCAUGGUACCCACGUGGCAAGUACCUUAGGAGGCGCCACCUAUGGAGCAGCCAAGGAGGUCACCCUUAUCCCCGUCAAGGUAUGCGGCACGACGGGGAUGUUCAACUUCGGACAUCCUGGCAGGACUGAACUGGAUAAAGUCACGGGUUCAACAGAACAAGCGUCUCUCAGUCAUUAACAUGUCACUGGGUGGUCCGUACUCUUCUUCUUUUAAUGACGCCGUGUACGCUGUA